UCAGGGUUUACACAUUGAGCCCUAAAAAUCACAAAGUCUACCGACUCGACUGGUACACCUAUCAGGAUAUCAUAUCACAUCACCACUUUGAAAGGAUUUGUAGAAGUUUCUGCUUUUCAGGUUGCCUAUGUGGCAUCCCAUCCAAGAGAAACGAAGCUCUUUGCCGCUUCGACGAAUACCAAAUAUCAGAAGACAACCAAGGAUCUGAUAUUAACCAGUUCUUUUCGGGUGCAGCUGAAUCCACCUCAAAUCCUCCGUAUCGGAGAAUAAGGAAAAAUGACAGCCUUAGCAGGGGGCAUACCGAGAAUGAUGCGCCCAACGCCGCCUCAAAACUACCCGAGAGGAGGAUAUUCUCUGGAAGUUUCUACGCCAUUAGGUCAGGGUCGAGUAAAUCAACUCGGCGGAGUUUUCAUAAAUGGACGGCCUUUGCCUAAUCAUAUUCGACACAAGAUCGUGGAGAUGGCCCAUCACGGUAUCCGUCCAUGUGUUAUCUCCCGUCAGCUCCGAGUGUCACACGGCUGUGUGUCCAAGAUCCUGUGUAGGUACCAGGAGACUGGAUCUAUUCGACCUGGGGCAAUAGGAGGAAGCAAGCCCAAGCAGACGACAACUCCUGACGUAGACAAGAAAAUCGAAGAAUACAAGAGAGAAAAUCCUGGCAUAUUUAGUUGGGAGAUAAGGGACAAAUUACUGAAAGAUGGAAUAUGCGACCGCAAUAAUGUUCCUUCAGUGAGUUCAAUCAGUCGAAUUUUGCGAUGCAAGUUCGGAGGAAGUGCAGAAGACGACGACGAGGAAGAUGAAAUGGAGAGGAGAGUACUGGACGAAAACGAGAGAAGGGGAAAACACAGCAUCGAUGGGAUUCUAGGUGAUAGAUCGAGCCACUCAGACGAGGGAUCGGACGUGGACUCGGAACCGGGCCUGCCCCUGAAGCGUAAGCAGCGGCGCAGCAGAACCACCUUCACGGCGGAGCAGCUGGAGGAGCUGGAGCGGGCCUUCGAGCGCACGCACUACCCCGACAUCUACACCCGCGAGGAGCUCGCCCAGAGAGCCAAGCUCACAGAGGCACGCGUGCAGGUGUGGUUCAGCAACCGCAGGGCCCGCUGGAGGAAGCAGGCAGGGGCCAAUCAGCUGAUGGCGUUUAAUCACCUGAUCCCCGGAGGCUUCCCGCCUUCAGCCAUGUCCAGCCUGCAGCCCUAUCAGCUGUCGGACAGCCCCUACCCGCCCUCGUCCAUAUCUCAAGCAGUGUCAGAACAGGCCAGCACGGUGCACCGGCCUCAGCCUCUGCCCCCAACCUCAGUGCACCAGACUGGGCUCAGCUCGUCAGCGGGGGCCCAGGAGGGAGGCUCGGCCUACUGCCUGUCCUCCGGCCGCCACGGCUUCUCUGGAUAUUCUGACAGCUUUGUGCCUCCUCCGCCCGGACACUCCAACCCUGUCAACCCUGCCAUUGGCAAUGGCCUCUCCUCUCAGGUGAUGGGUUUGCUAAACCCCGGUGGCGUGCCCCACCAGCCCCAGGGAGACUUUGCCAUCUCGCCCCUGACGGGUGGCCUGGAGCCCAACGCCGGCAUGCCCACCAGUUGCCACGGCUCCCAGCGGCUGGAGGGCCUUGCCGGGCUACCCAGCAUGCCCCCGCUGGCCAGCUCGCAGUCCUACUGCGCCCCCACCUAUAGCUCCCCCGCCUACAGCGUCGACCACGUCACCUCCUACCAGUACGGCCAGUAUGGGCAAAGUAAGGUGCCUUUCAUUAUUUGAAGUCCAACCUCGGCUAAGUGGAGGAGUUCACUGGAUGUGCUCUGAUGCUCGACUCUUCUCUUCUCGCUCGUCUGAUCCAGCCUCCCCACUUCACCCCACCCGAACUGAAACCCCCCCCCAAUCCGCCCCGCUACGUGCGGACUGCCGCCCUCCCUCAAAACCCCUCCCACCGCCGCAGCCGUCACACACAACAGCUACCCCAAGCCGAAUCAUACCCUUGGAGGAGGAACAACAUGGAGGAAUGGGGAGCGAGGUUGUUUUUGGA